CAGUCUUCCGUGGCUUGUUAUGAGCAAUGUCCCCACUCUUAACAAUAUCAGCCACUCAAACAUAAAUUAUUAACCAUAAACACACGUAUUAAUCAAAUUUUUUUUAAUGUACGUAUCUAUCAAUUUAUUAUAGCAGUCACUUUAUACUUUUCUCUUUUUGGUUUUUGUUUCUGCACCGCAGCAACGACAUGUCGCAGCCGCAUCUCCGGCAACUCCUCCUCUCAUUCAACUUGAUGCUUUUGCUAACGGCCGCUUUCUUCACAACUACGCACUCCGUGAUUCAGAACCUCCCAGGUUUCAACGGCACAUUUCCCUUCAAACUCCAAACAGGGUAUAUUGGCGUGGGAGAAUCGGAGCAAGUACAGCUAUUCUACUACUUCAUUGAGUCUGAACGGAGCCCUGCAAACGACCCUCUUCUUCUCUGGCUCACCGGCGGCCCCGGCUGCUCCGGCUUCUCCGGCCUCGUUUACGAGAUUGGGCCUUUGGUUUUCGACUAUGAUAACUCUGAUGGAAUCAUACCUACACUUGUGCUAAACCCCUAUUCCUGGACUAAGGUGGCCAACAUUAUAUUUAUAGACCAACCUGCCGGCACUGGAUUUUCUUAUGCAACAACUGCAGAAGCUUAUAAAUCUAGCAACACUCUUUCAGCAAUCCACACUUAUCAAUUCCUUCAAAAAUGGCUUUUAAACCAUCCCAAAUUUCUCAAUAAUCCGCUCUACAUCGCGGGUGAUUCUUACUCCGGCAUCACUGUUCCUCUCGUUGUUAAUCAAGUGUAUGGGGGUAUUGAAGCUGGGAGAAAUCCAGUUUUGAAUUUGAAAGGGUAUAUAUUGGGAAAUCCUCUCACUCAAACAUAUGCAAACUAUAAUGGAAGAGUUGCCUAUGCUCACCGAAUGGGGCUGCUCUCUGACGAACUCUACCAGUCUGCCAAAGAAAAUUGCUAUGGAUAUUACCUAAGUGUCGAUCCAAGUAAUGGGGCGUGCAAGGAUGAUCUCGAAAGAGUAACUCAGUGUCUUGAAAAAAUACGCAAGCCGCAUAUUUUAGAACCGUGGUGUGACAAUAUGUGGACUGCACUGUUACUGCCGUCGGAUGAAGGACAUUGUGCCCCUCAAUCUGAGCCGUGUUAUCGGGACAAGUAUGCUUUAUACUCCGAAAAGUGGGCUAAUGUAAAACUUGUUCAAGAAGCUCUACAAGUUGCUGAGGGUACGAUAACAGAAUGGGCGCGAUGUAAUGCCACGCUUACAUACGAUUUGGACUACAAUCAAACUGAAGCUUUCACAUAUGACGUCAAGUCCACCGUAGAUGAUCACAAAAGCUUCACUUAUAAAGAUUGCCGUGCUCUUGUUUACAGCGGCGAUCACGACAUGGUUGUUCCACACACGGUGACGGAAGAAUGGAUCAAGUCUUUGAAACUGCAGGUUAAAAAUGGAUGGAGACCUUGGUUCGUGGACGGCCAAGUUGCAGGGUAUACGACGGAGUACUUCCACGGCCGUUAUGAGCUAACAUAUGCAACGGUGAAGGGGGCAGGGCAUACGGCUCCAGAGUAUAAACCCGAGGAAUGUUUUCACAUGAUCCAGAGAUGGCUCGGCCACGGCCCCCUCUAACACGGAUUAAUACUACUUCGCAACCCAACAAGUACACAAUAUAAACAUGCAGAGGAGUGACGACAAAGCACAUUUCAGUUGGUAAAGUGUUUUCUCUUCAAAUAAUAGAUCAAGCGUUUGAUUCACUAUAAGGGCGUGUUUGAUAUUGGCUAAUAUACUGUAUUAGCUAAUUUAGUACAGAUCAGUCUAGUGUUUGGUAUUAUUUAGUAAUAAUGCGGAUGACCUGGUUUAAUCCCACGACCCAGUAUUAUUAAUCCAGAUUUUUUAGGAUUAAUAAUACCACCUCCCCCUAGGAUUAACUUAAACCAGGAUAUUCUGUAUUUAGCCAUGAUAGCAAACACCAACUCAGUAUUAAUAAUAUGUCAUUAUCCACGCUAAAUAUCCUGGUUACAAAUUAUCCUACAUAAUCCUUUACUGAAAACCAAACGAGCCCUUAAGGGGUUACUUAUUUGUUGUAUACUCCCUCCGUCCACGAAAUGAGUACCCAUUUGUGGACGGCACGGGUUUAAAGAAAUGUAUGGAGUGUAGUGUGAAUAGUUUAAGGGUCCCACUUUUUGAGUGUAUUAAUUAAAGAGAUGUGUGUGGUACACUUGCCAAAAAGGAAAAUGUGUACUCAUUUCGUGGACGGACAAAAAAGAAAAUAUGGGUACUCAUUUCGUGGACGGAGAGAGUAUUAUUUAUUUUUUUUGGCGAUUUUUAAUAGGUGUAAAUAACCAUUAACCUUUUUGCGGUGAUCUUGUACGUGUUUCUUAAGACUAGAGAAUAGAAAUUUGUAUGUGCCUUUAACGAUAUUAUUGUGCGUGAUGUGAAUGAGAGAAUCGGACUCCAUGUAUGUGGUUCAUUUGUUAACCACCCAUUCUACUCUCACUACAAGAAACUGGGCGAUUAGCAACGGAAUUUUUCAUCGCUAAUGCCCAAAAUUUCGUCGCUAAACUUUUAAAAAUAUCUUCGUCGAAAUUCCGCCGUUGUUCUGUCGGUAAUCACCGAUGGAUUAUUUUCCGUCGGUAAUUCCGUCGGAGUCCAUUAAGUUUUUUUGUAGUGUCUUGUUCCUUGGUGCUUCAAAAGUCGUUGGUGUCAGACUGCCUUGCGUCAAGGGUCUCACGUGUGAGUUGGUGGAAUCUUUCCAUUGAAGAUAUUACUCAGCUCGUUUAUGCUGACGUCCAUACUCUGUCCUUUGUUCGCGUGGUCUAUUGAUUUUCUAGAGAAGGCUUUUGUGGGUUUAUUGCGUGGUUUGGCGGAAUCUCGCUCAACUGCUGCUGGUUGGUUUUUGUCUUGUUGGCUCUUGGUCCCUUUGGACUGUGGGUUUGCAACGAUUCUCUUGGCUUCGCUUUGACGAUUGCUUCUCUGGCUUGUGCAUGGAAUGAACGCAUAAUGCCUUUUUUGUUGGGCAUCGAGCUCUGGUGGUGCGGAGUUGGAGUGGCUUUCUUGGAAUGUUUUCAGAUUUUCUGGUGAGCUAGAGUCUGGUUCCGUGUUAGUCGGGUUCCUUUGGUUUCUGUUUUCCCUCUCGUCUGCUUGUGGCGGGUUCUGUUCUCGUCUUUGCUUUGUUUUCUUUAUUGCUUGCUUGUUAUAGACGAGUAUUCUUUUUUCUUUAUCACUAUUUUUCAUAUUUGGUUUUCGUCAAAAAAGUUUUAAUAAGGCUCAGUUCUUAGUUAA